UGGGCUUCUUACGUUAACGUCUUCGAGGCUUUCCCCUUCCCUUCCUUCCUCGGCCCUUUGCGUCGCUCCCUCUCCCGCUUCAAUGACUAUUUAACUUCGUCUCCACCGCUUCUCCACCCUCCUUUCGCAUCGAACUAUGGGCUUCGAGUUCGACGUCUAUGAAUUGCCAACCCUGGCGCCCAUCCGGACCACCGGGAACGACGACCCGCUCAAGUCUACCAGCACCGAAGACGUGGAGUGCAUUACGCCCAAGUCAGAAGAGCCCGUACGGGCACUGGUGUGCCCGCCGGCGCCGUGGAAGCCGCGGCCGGCUAAGAGGCGGCUCGCGCCUCCUCCCAGGGGUUACUACCCGGUCCCCAGCGACCUCCUCUCCGUCUUCGUCCCGCUGCCGUGCCCCCCAAGCAAGAAAAUUCGAGUAGGUUGAUGGAGCUCUCCCACAGAUCGUGUAAUUUCCUUGUGCCCACGGCCAUGAAAACAGCUUCCUUUUUCUCUUCUUUUGUCUGAGAAUAAUACAAUAAUUGCUUAGAAUUACAGCGAUUUGUGUCUUCUGAGACUGCGACGAUGGCAUAUUGUUGUUAUAUACAUUUAUGCCUCCGUUUCUUCUCUCUCAUAUGUUCCCUUCUCUUUUCCUUGGC